CUGAAAACCAAGUGAGGAGAUGAAACCAUCACCCAAGGAACAAAUGCACAAUUGUGAGAAAACAUCCAGUCCCUCUGUAGCAUUGUUUCAACACUGGGAAGGUUGGAUACUAAAACCAUCACCUGGAAAUCGGUCAUGUCAGGGGAGUUUUGACAUAUCAUCUGAUCUGAAACUGGUCACUAGUGUGGACCCUUCCAUCACAACUAACAUUUCUGAAGGAGCAGUUGUGGGUGAUCAGUCAUAUGAGGCUGCAAAGAAAUAUAAGUGAACCCCAGUUGUGGUUACAGCUUCAAUAAUUCAUCAAGUCCAAGACCCACUGACUCAGUCCUAUAAAGUGUGAGAUUGUGAGGAGGGCUGCACACAUUCAAUUUCUCCUGACACAAACUACAUUUGUUGAACAGCAUGGAAGACAAACUAUUCAAGUGUGGGGCAUGUGACCAAGAUUCUUCGAAGUCAUCUGCACUCAUGAAACACAAAUGCAUCCACACAAUGGAGAAGCCAUUCAUAUGUGAGGUGUGUGAGAAAUCAUUCUCACGGUCAUCACAUCUCCAUGCACACCGAUACAUUCAUACAGGGGAAAGACCAUUCAAAUGCAAAGUUUGUGAUAAAUCGUUUGCUGUAUCGACAACCCUCCUGACACACCAACGUAUUCACACAGGUGACAAACCCUUCAGGUGUGAGGUUUGUGAGAUGGCUUUCAGCCACUCAUCUGAUCUCUUGAUACAUCAGAGGAUUCACACAGGUGAGAAACCUUUCAGGUGUGAAGUAUGUGAUCGAGCCUUCACUCACUCAUCAACACUUGUGAAACACCGACGCAUUCACACUGGUGAGAAGCCCUUCACGUGUGAGGUUUGUGAUAAAUCAUUCUCGGUCUCAUCACAUCUUCGCAGACACCAACGCCUACACACUGGGGAGAAACCAUUCAUGUGUAAGAUGUGCAACAGAUCAUUUUCGCAGUCUUCACACCUCCAACUUCAUCAACGCAGUCACACAGGGGAAAAGCCAUUUAGAUGUGAAGUGUGCAAAAAAUCUUUCUCAAACUCAACCCACCUCCGUGUACACCAACGUAUUCAUACUGGUGAGAAACCAUUCACAUGUGAAGCAUGUGGCAAAUCAUUUGCGCGACCAUCACACCUCCUUGACCACCAACGCAGUCACACAGGGGAGAAACCAUUCACAUGCGGGUUGUGUGACAAAUCGUUUUCGAGGUCAUCAACGCUCCUCAAUCACCAACGCAUUCACACAGGGGAAAAACCGUUCACAUGCGAGGUGUGUGAUAAAUCAUUUUCAGACUCAUCGAAUUUCCGUGUACACCAGCGCAUUCACACAGAGGUGAAAGUAUUCACAUGCUAGAUAAGCUAUGUACCAUUCUUGCUCUUAACCACUUCUGUCUGCACUAUAAACUUCACAGGGAAGAAUCUGAUCAGAUGUUAGAAAAAUCUUCACAUAUUUAAAAAGCCUCCUGUACCACUAGAUAAUCCCAAGAGAAGAGACCUAUAAAGUAUAAGAUUCAUGAAGCUUUUAUAAUGCUGACAAAUCUAAUAAAAUGGAAGAUUCUUUUUAAGCGUGUGGCCAAACCUUCACACAGUAAUUGAAACUCUGUGAGGUGUGAAGUGUGAGAGAUUCUACUCAAGGUCAUUGUAACUCUUGCCCGAUCAGUAGAAACCAAAAGGAGUGUAGCCCUUUAAAUGUUAUGUUUGUGACGAAACUUUAACCAAACCUCCAAUCUCCUGUAGCAUUAUUGGACCUGCACUGGUGAGAAACCAUUCAGGUGUGAAGUGUGAGACAAAGCUUUCCAAUCAACCAAUGCACUCACACAGGACAGAAAUCUUUUUGGGCUUAACACAAUUGUUGGACAUCUUGGAACAUCAAUGA